AAUGUUUCAAGUGUCAUUAGUCUCACAUUUCAUUUAAUUGACGGAAAAGAAAUGAUUAAAUUGAAUUUUAUCUAUUCAUUUGUAAACAUUAUCAAAUGAUUUGGAUUCUUCAUUAUACAUACUGUAUACAUUCUUCAAGCUACAGUCGACUUUGCUAUCUGUUUACUCUAUCCUCGGACCUGUCCAAAGUCAACCCGAAAUCUCGUUGAUCUGUGAAUAUUUUUCAGGUUAUCAAAUGAUUUAUUAUAAUUAUUUUACCGUAGGAUACCAUUAGAAACAGUUUUUUGUUUCCCUAUUUUUGCAGAGUCAUUGUGAUUCAGCUGAUUCAGCAAGCUCAUUUUGAAUCAUUGUAUAUUGAUUGAUCGUCUUCAAUUUCCCAGUUCUUUAGCUAUAACUAUUUUUAUUUUUUCUUUUUCUGUACUUUUCGUGUCUUGUCUUUUAUCUUUUUGUAUCUCUACGGAUUACCCACUAAUUUAACAAUACCUGUUAGGAGCUGAUUGGUACCUGAACCAUGCGGGCCAAAGAAGGAACCCAUUUGAAGAAAAAAGCCAACAUAAAACAAGAGAAAUUAAAUCUAUCUUCUGAUGAUGAGUAUGAUUUAGUUUCAAAUGAGGAAUCAAUGGAGAUGGAUGGUGUAAAUAGUGUUGGUAUCAGUGAUUCUUCUACCAGUGCUGUUAACUCAUCUUCCAAUGUGAACGCUUUUAUACCGGGACAAAUAAUAUCUGAUGAUGAUCUGGUUACCCUUUCCGUGCGUGAGCUUAACCGUCAAUUGAAAAAUUCAGGACUAUCCAAACAGGAGAUCAUCCGAAUGAAACAGAGACGUCGGACCCUCAAGAACCGUGGCUAUGCUGCAUCGUGCCGUAACAAAAGACUAGAAGUAAAAGGAGGUUUGGAAGGUGACAAAAUGUCGGUUGAGGAAGCCGUUCUGCGGAUAAAAGAAAAUGUGUACAACUUAAGGCAAGAAAUUGAAGAGAUUCGGGAUAAAUUUGAUGGACUUAAACGACACGCUUCUCAACAAGGUAUUUUAAUUCCCCCUGAAUUGGCUCAUUUCAUUGAUUUUGGAUCCUAACUUGUAUUUAAUGUGUAAAGCUCAUGAUCAUCGCUUGUUGCUCAUUGAAAUCAUAUUUUUUGUCCUCCAAAGCUGCGAGUUCCGAACGUAUUCAUACAUAAAUAAAUAUUGUUAUAAAAUUAAAGUUCAAA